ACUCCACUACUGCUUCCAUACUGAUAACCAACUCUGAUAUGUUGCUCGUACUGAUCAGAUGCUUUCAUGAUACAAAUAUUCAACUUAUAGCUUGAGUUGCUGUUAGUUUAUUACUGAAAAUAUCGAAAGAGAGGUUGUUGCUGUGUUGUGUGGAAAAUUUGAAUCUAAAUAAUUUUAUGAUAUUUUGCCAAAGGAUUCUUGAUUUUUUAAAAGGUGCUCAUUGAAGAAGAAGAGUUUGUGUUUUGUGCAUGUGUGUCCUGACCGAGGCGCCCAUGAUCGGCCGAAGGUGGAGGAGAAGAAGGUGAUCGUUCGUAUGUGCUUCCUCGAUAAUACUUGCUCGAGUGCUGGAGCUGUGUGGGUUGGAUCCCCACGGUGGUUUUGUGUUUCGGACGCCGUCCCUCCUUCGGUUCAAACUGGUGCGACUACAGGACACACGGGGGAUGGACUCGCCCGAGAAGCUCAACGGCUUUCUCACCACCAACAAUGGAGGUCCGGGCACCAUCCGCAGCAAGACGAAGAAGGAACUGUGCAGUGCGUGUCAGCAGCCCAUCAUCGACCGCUACAUCAUGCGGGUGAUGGACAACUCCUGGCACGAGGGAUGUCUCACCUGUUCAGUCUGCCACAUACACCUCUCGCACACCUGUUAUUCCAGGGACAGAAAGCUCUACUGCAAAGCAGAUUACGAUAAGCUGUUCGCUGUGAAGUGCACGGGCUGCGUGCUACCCAUCGCCCCCACAGAACUGGUGAUGCGAGCGCUCGACCACGUGUACCACCUUCCGUGCUUCGUGUGCGUGGGGUGCGGUCGACAGCUCCAGAAGGGGGACCAGUUCGUCAUCCGGAGUGGCCGCCUCUACUGCAGACCGGACUUCGAGAAAGAGAUGGCUGUCAUGCAAAUCGUCACGAGAGGGGAGAAUGGGCAGCUGACGACGGCGGGUCAUAACGGACAGCCCAGGCAGGAUGGCCGGAGGGGUCCGAAAAGGCCUCGAACCAUACUCACCACAGCCCAGCGAAGAGCCUUUAAAGCCUCGUUUGAAAUUUCCCAAAAACCUUGUAGGAAGGUUCGCGAGUCUUUAGCGAAAGAAACUGGACUGAGUGUCAGAAUAGUUCAAGUUUGGUUCCAGAAUCAAAGAGCCAAGCUAAAAAAACUGCAACGAAAACAGCAGCAGCAACUGCAGCAACAGAACCAGAAGCAAGGGUCGGAUGGACAGCAGAACGGAGCCUCCAAUCCUGAUCUGUCCAGUCCUGGAAAGGACGGAAAGAAAUCCGACGACCUGAGUCAUGGCGAUCCGGGAGAAUACUCCCCUCCCUACGCCCGCCUCUCAGUAGGAGAUUCCGACCCUUCGCAGUACCCUUUACCACCAGUUCCUUACGUCUCAGAAGGCCAGUAUUACUCGUCUUCCCACCCGGACGCGCAGUACAUGAAGAGUGACAUCAGCAUGGACAGCGACAACAGCCUGGGCGGCCUGGAGGACGUGCUCAUUAGCCAGGGUCAGGCGACGGGCAUCGGGGACGGUGGAGGCCACAUAUUCCCCUCCUCCGUCAACCCCAUCGACAAACUCUACUCCAUGCAGACGUCCUACUUCAGUUCCAGCGAGUGUGAGUGCCUCGGAGCGACGAACUAAGACUCCCGCGAUACCGUGUACAUAGUUUCACACAAAAAUGGAAGCAAAAUGCAUGUUUCUUCUCAAAGGAUACAUUCCAAAUGUAAAAGAAUGCAAUGAGAAAGAGUUAAUAAAACAUUUUUGGUUUUAAAUCAAACAUUAAAUGCAAUUCCUCUCUGUGAUGUUUGAACCAAGACUUCUGUCAUAUCGAAAAUCAUGCCAUCUUCGAAUAGUUUUCCUCAAUUAUUUUACCUUUUACACUAUUUCCAACCCGCUUUCUAUCAAUUUUGAGAUUUUUAAUAAUAAUUCUUACAUUAGAUAAUAUUCUUUUAUUUUUCAAUACAAAUUCUGCAACUUUAAAUAAAUGAUUAAAAAUGAUUUCUAAUUAGUUAAUAAAGAAUGGUUUGAUUAUCUUUUUAUUUGGAAACUUUCCGUUUCAAAGUCAUAGACAUAGUCAGUAAUUGGUUUCAAUAACCAGUUGUCAAAUUAUACAAAAACUUUUUGAAAAAAAAAAAAAGUAAAAUUGAUAGUGAUAUAGAUACGAAACAUUAUGUAGUGCCGAGUUAAUUUUAUAUCUUUUGUGCUGUAUAUGCAUAUCUGUUUUUAAGAGUGAUAUUUUAUUUCUCAUUAAUUAAUACAUCA